AUGUUGUUUUCGCCGGAGAAGGUGGUUCUCACGUUGUUUCUUCUGUUGCUGUGCGGUCCGGCAACAGGCGCUGUUGGCCAGGUUGACGUGCAUGUUGUCAACCUCACCGUUGUAGCCAUUGGCUGGCCGAAUACUGCCGCCGAACUGUCGCGUUUUGAGGAAACUGUUACGUCUGUCGUGUGCGGCCCACUGGCCCACACCGCCUCCAAUAAAACUCCAAUUUCGUGUGGUGGUCUGCUAGCGCCGGUGAGUGUAGGAAAACUUUCAGUACAGGCGUAUGCGGAGACUGUUUCCCCGGGGGACGCACUUCUGGUGCGCCGUACAUUCUGGGGCUGGGCACACACCUAUGACUCCGCCAUGCUGGAGACCCUCACGAGCGCCGUGUCCUCCGUUGCAGGGACCCCCUUGUCGUUGCUUUCAAAGGUGAGUGGGGUUUACACGGUCCCGUGCCGCGGCAAAAGUAGCUUGGAGGUUCUCCCACUGUGUGCAUCUACAAGCAACUGCCUGACGUCUAUUCUUGUGGAUGAUUUGAAGGAAAGUGUGAUGGGCACGUUCUGUGGCUACGUCCCCAACCCAUGCAGCGCGCACAUUACGACGAAAAUGGUCACCCCAAACCAAGUAAUGGUGAACAUCACCAAUCUUCCGAAUACCCUCGAGCUGGCUCUUUUGUUCACGGAUAAGGUGCGCAGCGGUGUUCUGCACGCCAGUCGUAUUGAGCUCUACUCGGAUGGCCAGUUGGCACAACUUUACGCUUCCGACGAAGGGAUGUACGAGAACAACAUCAAGGUGGUACCGCAGUGCGAUGUCGAGACGGGGCUAUGGAUGCUCUCGUUUAUUGCCAUUAUUCCCGUACUAUUUGUUUUAUUCUGUUAUUUUUGGUGUAUGGGACGCCACCACGCAAAGAAAGUGGAACGGAGGGCCAUCGUUGAAGAUGAGCUACGGGCUCUGAACAUGAUUGAACCUCAGGGAGCAGCGGAGACUGCACCCGGUGCACAGCAACUUGUGGCUUACAACAAUGAAUACCCACAAGAAGCCUCUGCAAGCCAGCUGCAGCAACAGCAACAGGAGUUAUAUGAGGGAUACGACCAGUUUGCCGCGGAGGAUAACUUUGUAUAUCCACAAGAGUUCGCUGCUGACCCGCAACAAGAAGGCGAGGAGUAUCAUGACGUGUAUGAUCAACAGGCGUACAAUGGAGUGGAGGGUGCCGCAAUUGGCGACGAGUACGUGGAGCCCCGUCUCGAAGCGACUUUUCACGACGAUGGGACGCAUGUUGAUGAGAACCAGAAUCAUGGCGGCCACGCGGCUUCCUCACAAAGUGGGAUCCAGGGCGACAGAGAAGGCGGGGCAAGGAGAGAUUUGGCAGGAAACGGCAUUAUUAUGUGA